CACGAGGCAGCAAGGAUUUUGCUUCCCGGAAGGAACGAGUACAAACACCAGUUGUUGCAGCGGUAUCUGGAAGCUAGGGGUGGUGGUCGUGCGGGGGGCGGUGCUAGUACGAGAGUCCCCCAAGGAUCUACACCGAGAAGUACAUCAUCGUCCACACCAUCAGAAGUAGAAACUCAUGCGCUGCGUUACCUGGACUCAAUUCGCUUUGUGCCCCGACUUAUACCCUUGCCGCGAAAUAAUGUUGAAGAUCGACGUCCUUUAUCUUUUCAC